AUGGAGAAGGUUGAAAGAGUUUCGAAAGUAGAUGUUGUAGGAGGCGACAAUGAUGACUACGUAGAUUGGGAGGACUUCAUUAUAAUUUCAGGUAAAAUUUCAAUCUUUUAUUAACUUUUCUUAGGGGAGGAAAUCACAACUUCAUUUAAUGAGAGGAAGUUGAAGACGUAAUUUUAUUUAAGCAGACGCAAUGGGGCUCUUGAAUAAAUUGAUUUUAGCAAGAAUCUCAAUAUCGACUAUGAAAAGGCAUGUCUUCUAAUGAGUGAGGUUAGAUCUGAUGAGUACAAUGGGAAAAAUUAGUUGAGGCUAUCAGAUAAAAAGUCAAAAGAUCCUCCAAAGAGUUCUUCCAAUCUUAAUGUUUCUCAUGAUCAAGUCUAAACGUAGAAAAAGCUACUUUGGUCAUGGAGAGACUAAAAGUAGAAGAGCUUUUAAGUUUAGGCGAGACAUCAAAGUUUCCUCUCAUCAAAUCAAAGAGAGGCCGCUGAUGAAGAAGCCAAAGAUUUCCUGAGAAUGUAGGAGGAGAUGAAAAAUUAGAGUUAAAGAAGAAACACUCAAUAGCCUGAAAGUAACUAGGCUAAUAAUGAUAUAGACAAACUUAAUGUGACUUAUCAAAACAACAAUAUAUUAACAAACGACAUGGAAGAAAGUAAUUAGAGAGUUUCAACAUUAGAGGAAGAACCAUUAGAUGAAUUUACAUAACCUGAAGAUGGUGGUGUAGACUAAUAUAUAUGGUCAAAAACUAAAAUGCUUGCUCCCUUUUCCUUUAUGAGUUAAAACGUUUUAGAACAAAAUUUGUAGCCUGAUGCACUUCCACCAACCUAUGAGACUUACGAACAAAUCAAGUUAUACAAAGAAACUAAAGAAAAUUAAAGUCAAAAUCAGAAUCAGAUUCUCGAGAAGUAAAAAGGUGUUGUGAAGGAUGUACUUUCAAAAGCAGCAGCAAACGUAUUUUCAGGUUAAAGCAUUAUUGGAAUUUCAUUGCCUGUUAGAAUCUUCGAACCUAGAAGUCUCUUAGAAAGAAUAUGUGAUUGGUAUGGAUUUGCUCCAGUAUUUUUAAAACAAGCUGGAUUGAUUGAAGAUAAAAUAGAAAGGUUUAAAUUAGCCAUAGCCUUUGCAUUGUCGUGCUUAUAUUGCUCAGUUAAAUAAUAAAAACCUUUCAAUCCCUUACUGGGAGAGACUUUUUAGGCUUUUUUUGAUGAUGGAACAAGAAUAUUCUGUGAGCAUACAAGCCAUCAUCCACCCAUAGCUAAUUUCUAGAUGGAAGACCCUGAACAGCUCUAUGAGUUUUGGGGAUUUUACGAAUUCAAAGCUAAAAUUAGCAAUAACAAUCUUAUCAUGAGAAACGAAGGACCAAAUAACAUCAAAUUCCAUGAUGGAUAAUGCAUUACAUACUGUUAUCCAACUAGUAAGCUUGGAGGAAUGCUCUGGGGACAGAGAACUCUAACUAUUGAUGGUAAUAUGAUAUUUGAAGACAAAGACAAUGGCUUAAAAGCAGUCAUUCUAUUUUAAUAAAAAGGUCAUGAUAAGUACUAUGGAAAAUUUUAUCAUUAUAAACCAGAACUUAACCUUUAAAAGAAAGAUCCUCAAAAAAUAGGAGAUAUUAAGGAUAUAUAAAAGGAAAUCUGUGAUAUCUCAGGUUCAUGGAUGGAAAAUCUUUUGAUAGAGGAUAAAGAAUACUGGAAUAUCAAAUUGAUGGAGCCAAUGAAGCCUAUUCCGAUUCCAAAUCCAUUAUAAUCUGAUCCAAGAUAUAGAGAAGACCUUAUAUGGUUAAAGAGAGGAAAUGAAAAUUAUGCUUAAACUUGGAAAACUCGUUUAGAAAUAUAGCAAAGGCAUGAGAGAAAGCUGCGAACUGAUGUUGAGAAGCGAAAUACAAAGAUGGAAAAAAAAGAAUCUCAAGCUCAUAAGAAAAAAUCCUUUUUCUCAUGA